AUGGACUUCGUCAAGAAGGCUGCCGAGGGCAUCAAGGGCAACUCUGGGGAGAAUAAAGACCAGGCCGCACAGGGCCAGGGUGGUGAGCAGCAGGACUACGUCGACAAGGGUAAUUUCCAGACGUCUAUUCCUUUACACCUAGAUGCUAACCACCUCAUAGCCUUUGGCAUGGCUGCUAGCAAGAGCGGCCACAACAUCGACCGCAACACCCAGGAGAAGAUCACCGACGCCGGUCGGACCGCCUACGAGAAGGCCACUGGCGAAGUCGGGCAAAUGCCGCGAGGCGACCGACACGAGGCCGACCAACGCACCAGAUGGAGCAUGAAAAGUCAGACUAUUAUUGGUGGAAACAACAAAUAUCCAGCUUCACUUAAUAUCAAUUGCGACCGCCUUCUCCUUCUCCCAACCCUUUCGGCUCCGGACUCUGUCCUCUGUCCUCAGACCGCGGCAAUGCCCGGCUUCGUCCUCACCAAAGACCAUGUUCGCAAAGCAUUCUCCCACCUGGGGCAAGUCGAAGACCUUGAACAUCGCAAAAAGUUCCUCACAGAGUACAUGGUUCCCAACGUCACAUGGACCUGCACCGGCAGCGCGCACUCGUUGGCAGGGACGCGACACAGCGUCCAGGACCACGAAGACGCAACCUUCAAACGGCUGGGGCGGAACCUCAAGGGCCCCAUCAGAUUUACGGCAACAAGAGUCAUUGUCGAUGCGGAGCGUGAAGAAGACGGGUGGUGGUGUACCGUCGAGACCAAGGGCGAGGCCACCAGGACCACGGGCCAGCCAUAUGACAACGAGUACGCGUGGCUGAUGCGAUGGAACGACGAGGGCAAGAUUGUGGAGGUGCGAAGCUAUUUCGAUACCAUGCUCUCUGAGAAGGUACUGCUGGGACAAGAAUGA